UGCUCCUCGACUGCGACUACAGUUGAUGGGAAAAAAGGGGAGGAGGUUCUAUCGAAUGGUGGCUUGUAAUCAGAAAGACCCUCGAAACGGCAAGCAUAUGGAGGUAUUAUUAGGAAAUCGGGGGAAAAACUGGGGAAUUUCGGAAAAUUUCGGAAAAU